AUGGCUGAUGAUCUCUACAGCACCACCUUCUCCGCCUCUGAAUCAUACUUUUCCUCCUCAUCCUCCUCUUCCUCUGCCCCUUUCCUCACGCUGGAACAGAGGGCUGCCUUUGUCUUUGUCCUCAUCCUCUUCAUCUUCCUAGGCCUGCUCAUUGUCAGGUGUUUCCGAAUCCUUCUAGACCCGUAUAGGAGUAUGCCAUCCUCCACAUGGACCGACUACAUGGAGAAGGACACCUUUGACUACCGAAUUGCCUGA